AUGACUGCCAGCACACGGUCUAUAAACGACAAGAGCCCUACUAGAAGUAGCAAAUUUUUUGUUGGGUCUCAAAGUUCUGAUGAAAAUUCUUCUGAUGAUGCAUCUAAAAGAAAAAAAGAUGAAACUAUUGAGGAAGAAUAUACAAGUGAGGAAGAAUUUUUAUUAAGCUCUAGAGGAUUUGUUGAAACUCCUGGUUCUUUAGAUGAUUCUUCUUUAAAAGUUGGGUCUCUUGUGUUUAAUGAAAUCGAUGAAUUCGAUGAAACUGAUCAACCUUUGAAUGUCAAUGAGCCUUUUUUAAGUCCUUUACAAGUUGCUACACGUCGUAAUGCUCGUGAUUACGAUAGUAUAUUAGAAAGUAAACGACGUCAAGGACGUUUGCUAUUGGUUUCUCUUCUGGAAAACUUUUGUUUAUUAUAUGAUACAAAUCCUGAAGGAAGUCGUAAAUUGUUUUUCGUCAUUUGCAAGAUGUUGAGUGCUAUGGGAAUUAUUGAGGAAGAGUACAUCGAUGAAAUGUCCACCGUUCGAUCUUCCUAUCAAUGUGCAUUCAAAGCCUUGGUCGUUCAAGCAUUGAAUUCAAUUAAACAAGAACAAUUAAUGUUGGAAUCUCACAUGAUUAUGCCUCCGACUUCGGUAUCUGGUAUUCCUGAAAACGGAAAAUCUUCUCUUGCCAAUCAUGAUGAGAUCAAAUAUCACUCCCCGUCAUCGAAAUUUUAUUCCAAUUUUCACUCAUUCAAUAAUUUGACUUUUGUUGACAUUCUCGAUCUUGAAAACAGUAGAUACAACAAUGACUUUAUUGAAUUAAAGUUAUUGGGUAAAGGUGGAUUCGCUAGCGUCUGGCAGGCAAAAAAUAAGCUAGAUGGCAUAGAUUAUGCUAUUAAAAAAAUCAGUUUACGAGGCGAUAAUAUACCAAAAGAUAAAGAAAAAGUUUCUUGGUUGGAACACAUUAACAAUAGACAACGUACUGAUUCUUCUCAAGUUCCUGUAUCUUCGCAGUCAACUAAUACCUCUGACUCAUUAAGCUCAAAUGAUUCAUCUCAAAAUAAUGAUGCUGAUUAUGAUGAUGACUCUGAUAUUUUUAGAAUGUCUUUUUCUGAUGAUGAUGAAAUUAAAUCAGAAAAUUAUAGCGGUGUUGACUUUAAAGAUGAUAAUUCUAAUGAGGAAAUAUUACCUUCUACAUCUGCCAUUGGUGUCAGAGGUCGAUCAUUGAAUCAUAAUAACUCUACAAGUAAUCUUUCAAAGUCUUAUCCUCGAUCUACUGAAAAAAACAAUGCUGAUUCUUCAGCUUUAGAAAGAGAUUGGGUUCUUUUUAUUCAAAUGCAAUUAUGUCAUAGUACUUUAAGAGAUUAUUUAAGACGUAGAGAUGUCAAUUUAUUGGCUUCAAAAAAAGAUCCUUUAAAUUCAGUUGAUCGUCAUGCUAGCAUUGAAUUGUUUCGUGGAAUAAUUCGUGGGGUUUCUUAUAUUCAUGAACAAGGGUUAAUUCAUAGAGAUCUUAAACCCGGAAAUAUUUUCAUUGGAAUGAUUCCUGAUACGAAUCAUGAUGAUGAUAUUUGGGUUGCUACUGAUAAUACUUCAUUUAAUGUUGAACGUUUAGUACCAAAAAUUGGUGACUUUGGUUUGGUUACUGCCGUGGGUGAUGAUAAUACUGAUUCUUCUAUGAACAAUUCUAUCAAAUCUGAUUCUUCAUUUGUUAAAAAUUUUAAUUCUAAUAAACGAACACUCAAUCAUCAUGAAUCAAAUUCUUCUUUGAAUUCAAAAUCAAGAACUAUUGGUGUUGGUACAGUUACGCCUGCUAUACCUUAUAAUGAAAAGGUUGAUAUAUACUCGUUAGGCAUAAUUUUUUUUGAACUUCAUUUCCCUUUCUCCACUGGUCAUGAACGUGUUCAGGUUCUAAAAGAUUUAAGACAUGGAAUAUUACCAAAUGGUUUUGUUCAACGGUUUCCAAAAGAGACGGCAUUUAUUUUGUGGAUGAUGGCAGAAGACCCAGAUAAAAGACCAAGUGCUAAACAAAUAUUGAAUUUUGAAUUAUUAUCUGUUCCAAUUCAUGGCGAACAUGCAGAAUUACAACAUAGAUUAGUUGAAAAUACACAAAGAAUAGAUCUUAUUACUAAAGAAAAUGAAAUGUUAAAGAAGAAAGUCGAAGAAUUGGAAGGAUUAUUGAAGAAUUGUGAAUGUAAAAACAAAAAAUUCAAUUCAGCUGUAACGAUCGAUCCAGUGGAUGGAUUUGGAAAUCGUAGUUCUUUUGAAUUUGAAUUGACAAAUGUUCAUCAGAUUCAAGGCAAAAUAUGUAGUCCACGAUUUGAAACUAUGCCAAAUAUCUUUUGGCAAUUAGGAUUUGUACUUGAAUCACCCAAUGAUCCCGAAUAUUGUGCGGUUUACCUCCAUGCAAUUUGUAACAUGGAUGAAGUGGAUGAAUAUGAUCAAUCUAGAAAUGAUUGUUUACCUGCUAGAAUGUAUUUGAAACGACCGGAUGGAUCAAUCAUCAAAGAAAUGACUACGUCUUCAAGAUUUAAGUUUAAAGCGGUUAAAAUUCGUAGAUUGCGUAUGGCACAAUUUUGUAGACGUUCCAGGCUUACCGAUAAUCUUAUCAUUGGAGUUAGAUUGAAGAGUACACAACUUGGAAAUCAUUUUUUUAGGACAUUAUCAUUCCAUGAACCAAUUCCAAUUAAAACAAUUCCUGGAACUUUGAUAUCUGCUUGGAAGAAUGAAUUUCAAAAACCUGGAUCGGGUGAUGUUAAAAUUACAGUGCAAGGGCAAACAAUUUUUGCAAGUAGUUCAAUUCUUGCAAAACGUUCGGAAUAUUUCCAAAGAAUGUUUAAUGGAUCAUGGUUAGAAUGUAAUCAAUCCAUCAUUGAUGAACAACACAUGAUCGAAGAUGAUACUAUUUCUAGCAAUCAUAGAGGCUCGUCAAAUACUGAAUCUGAUUUGUCAAAUUCGUCAUCAAAAACUUUGACUAAUCGAAGAUAUCAAUAUUCGAUCGAUAUUCCGGAUUUUGAUUAUCAAACUGCUAUUCAAAUGCUUUUAUUUCUUUAUACGGAUCAAGUGGAUAUUAACAAUUGUCCAAAUAUUUGGAACCUUUAUACAAUUGCUAAUAAAUACCUAAUAGCAGAUUUAGAGUUGGAAGCAAAAUUAAAGAUUCUCGAAGGAAUGAGUAUAAAUACUGCGGCGGAAAGCUUAUUUGGAAAUGCAUGGAAAUGGCCAGAUUUGAAGAAAAGAUUUUUGAGAUAUGUUGUUGAUAAUUUUUCACAAAUUAGGAAUAGUCAUGGUUAUAAAACUAUAGUAGCAAAUCGUUCAAAAUAUCCAAUGUUUCUUGAGUUGAAUAGUGAAAUCUUGUUGACGUUUGUUCCUGAAACCCUUGAAUCUCUUGAAUCUUAA